CAAGUAUCGCACAUCACUAAAAUAGUGCAAAGUGAGUUCUUAAAAGUGAUAAAAUUUAUACUGAUAAAAAAUCAGUUUUAGGUAUAUUUGAGCUGCAUAGCUAUAAAAAAAGUGAAAACUAAAUUUUGUAAUGUAACACAUAACAAAUGUACAGAGCGUUUGUUUGCUUCGAAUACACAUAAUUGUAUGUAUGAAUGACAGUAAACGCCAUAGGUGGGGAACUGCACGCACAUAUUAUUGUACACAAAAAACAAACGCAACUAGAGUUCAAACAAAAACAACAUCAACAACAACAAACACACGUAAAGUUAAAAACACAAAAAAGCACAAAUUUAUUAUUUUUCGGAAACUCAACACCCACAACUACCAAAAAGAAAUAAAAAUAGUAAUAAAACUCAAGCAAAUACAACAAAAGCGACGACGCACAUAUCUUAAAGCAGCUAACUGAACUUUGAGCUAAUUAGACUGGCUCAAAACGGCGGCAAUAGGGAGGCGGAGUCUCCCGACGGGGCGCAAGAGAAUAGAGCAGCGUGUUGGUGGACACCUUGGACGGCAAUGGGUUGCUUCGGUUCACCCAGUUCCAAACAAACGGAUGUAAAUUCAGAAGACUCCAAAAGUCAAAAGCGUCGGAGCGAUGCAAUAUCAAAGCAGCUACAAAAGGAUAAGCAACUAUAUAGAGCUACCCAUCGUCUACUAUUGCUAGGAGCUGGUGAGUCGGGUAAAUCGACUAUUGUGAAGCAAAUGCGAAUUUUGCAUGUUGAUGGAUUUUCCGAACCAGAGAAAAAGCAAAAAGUCGAUGAUAUUAAGAAGAAUAUACGCGAUGCAAUCCUGACAAUUACUGGUGCCAUGAGCACAUUAAAUCCACCUGUAUCUUUAGAGAAGAAGGAGAAUGAGGCAAGGGUUGAAUACAUCCAGGAUUACGCUUCCAGUCCCGAUUUUAACUAUCCUCCAGAGUUUUAUGAGCAUACAGAGGAACUAUGGAAAGAUCGAGGAGUAUUGCAAACAUUUGAGAGAUCAAAUGAAUAUCAACUGAUUGACUGCGCAAAAUAUUUUUUGGAUCGAGUAAGCAUAAUAAAGAAAGUAGAUUAUACACCAAGCGAGCAAGAUAUUUUAAGAUGCCGUGUCUUGACUUCAGGCAUUUUCGAAACACGAUUUCAAGUAGACAAAGUUAAUUUUCACAUGUUCGAUGUUGGAGGCCAACGUGAUGAGCGGCGUAAAUGGAUUCAAUGUUUCAAUGAUGUUACAGCUAUAAUAUUUGUAACUGCUUGUUCCAGCUACAAUAUGGUAUUGCGAGAAGAUCCAACACAAAAUCGUCUCCGUGAAUCAUUGGACUUGUUCAAAAGCAUUUGGAAUAACAGAUGGUUACGCACAAUUUCUGUAAUUUUAUUUUUAAAUAAGCAAGAUUUACUAGCUGAAAAAAUUAAAGCUGGAAAGAGUAAACUUUCGGAAUACUUUUCCGAGUUUAACAAGUAUCAAACACCAAGUGAUGCUAUAACCGAAUCUGGUGAUGACCCAGAAGUGAUCAGAGCAAAAUAUUUCAUACGUGAUGAAUUUUUGCGUAUCUCAACUGCUAGUGGCGAUGGCAAACACUACUGUUAUCCACACUUUACAUGUGCAGUUGAUACGGAAAAUAUCAAAAGAGUGUUUAACGAUUGUCGAGAUAUAAUUCAAAGAAUGCAUCUUCGCCAAUAUGAGUUGUUAUAGGUUUAUUUUUAGUGUCAGUGGAAAUAAAAAUAUGCAAAUAAAAAACAAAAUUCUUUAAGAACAAUUAAAUAAAAAUACCAAUGUUUGAUCAAAGACAAAAAGAUUC